GUGAUUGAAUGGCAUAUGAAGACAGAGGAACUCCAUCUGCAGGAACUUAAACUCAAUCGAGAGUUAGUCAAGCAAAAGGAAGAGUUGAAAUAUUUGCGUAAUAUAGUUUCUGAGUAUGAACAUACAAUCAAUAAUCUGGAAGAAGAAAUUGUACAGCAGAGCAAGUUUCAUGAAGAAAGACAAAUGGCUUGGGACCAGAGGGAAGUAGAACUGCAGCGCCAAUUAGACCUGUAUGAUCAUCAACAAAAUGAAAUACUUAGUACAGCUCGAAAGUUAGAAGAGACUACAGGAUCAGUUCCAGACCCUAGUUUGCCACUCCAACAACAACUCGAGUUGGCUUUGAGAAAGAUUCAGGAGCAUAUUCGAACCAUCCUGGAAACUAGAGCAACCUGCAGAUCGUUGGAGGAGAAAUUAAAGGAAAAAGAAACCGCUCUGUGGAAAGCUGAACAAAAUAUUUUAUCUAGAGACAAAGUUAUAAAUGAACUACGACUUCGAUUACCUGCAACAUCAGAAAGAGAGAAAAUAAUGACUGAAUUAGACAAAAAAGAAGAUGAUCCAGAGUACCGUCGUGCCAUGAAAAUUGCUCAUCAAACCAUUGCAAAUAUGCAAGCAAGACUAAAUCAAAAGGAGGAAGUGUUAAAAAAAUACCAAUGUUUGCUUGCUAAAGCAAGAGAGGAACAAGAGGAAAUAGCAAAGAAGCAUGAGGAAGACCUUAGAGUUCUACACCAGAAGUUAAAUUUGCAUACUGACAGUUCCCUUGAUAAGUUCAAACAGACUGCUUUGGAGUUAGUGAAAAAGACUUCUUUGUCACUUUCCGACAACAAACGUUUUCUCCGCUUAGCUGAAAUGGAGCAAACUGUAGCAGAACAGGAAAAUUCUCUUGCUUCACUUGUUCGAAAAUUAAAGAAAACAUCAUUCGAUUUGGAGAGACAAAAACAAAUUGCUUCAGUGAAAAUUAAAGAUUUUGAGACUAUCAUAGCCCAGCUUCAGGAAAAACACAUAGUUGAUGUGGAACAGCUAAAAGAUGAAGCAAAUGUAUUAAGGAGUGUGUUAUCUCAGAGGGAGAAAGAAUUAGCAAAUGUGAAAGCUGAACUAGAGGUCCAAAAAGAAGCAAAUAAUAGAGCACCCUCAGAAGCACUGAAAAGCCUGGUGGAACAGCUGAAGAGCCAGUUAGCCACGAAGGAGAAAAAGCAGAAAGCUUUGAGUAAAGCACUUCUGGAACUGCGAGCAGAAAUGACUGCUAAUGCUGAACAGCAGAUUAUUUCUGCUGCAUCACAAAAAGAGGCAUUUAUGAAUGUCCAGGAGAUUGUUGAUAGACAGACAAAGGGGCUUUCGACACAGAUAGAGGAAUUAAAUAAUCAGAUUAAAAAACUUACUGAUGACCUUAAAAUAAGUAAAGCCAGGGCAAGUUCUUUAUCUGAUGAAAGGGAUGAGUUGAACCAAGAACUUCAGAGGAAACAAAAAGAAUUUGCUAAAGCGUUGGCAGAAAAAGGUGAAAUGGAAAAAGAAAAUGAAGAACUGAAGAAACGAAUUAGAAGGCUAAGCAGUAGCAUUCAGAGCAAAGCUGAUGAACAAAAUCUGGUAGAGGGACUUCAGAAAAAAAUUAAGAAGUUGGAAAGUGAACUUCAGAAGAAGUGUGAAGAAACAGAAAAAAAAGGGGUAAGAGAAGACAAGACCUCCAAGGAGGAAAUAAUUAGAUGGGAAGAAGGUAAAAAAUGGCAAAUCAGAAUGGAAGGAUUGCGGAACAAACUAAGGGAAAAGGAAAAAGAAGCAGAUGUUUUAGCCAAGCAGUUGAAUACACUGAAGGAAAUUCAUAGCAAGACUGACAAAGAGAAAAUUGUUCUACAGAAGAAACUGAAAAGCACUGGUGUCACUGUUGACCGUGUUGUUGGAGUAAGAGCCUCAGAAAUUGAAAAAGAACUGGAAGAACUAAGAAAACGGAAUCUAGAUUUAGAAGAUGAAAUUGCUCACAUGAGAAUACAGCAAGCAAUCCCACGAGAUUCUGUUGUAGAAGAAUUACAUCUCAAAAAUCAAUACCUCCAGGAAAAGCUUCACGCAUUGCAGAGACAGUGUUUGAGAGAGACUUAUUCUACACCCUCGACGUCGGGAGUAGCAUCAGUUGAUCAAUAUCAAAGGGAACAAGAAGUUUUAAAGGAAAAUUUAAGAUUGUCUUCUGAAAAUGUUGAGCUAAGAUUCCAGCUGGAGCAGGCCAAUAAAGAUUUACCGCGGUUGAAGGACCAAGUAGGUGACUUAAAAGAAAUGUGUGAACUUCUCAAAAAAGAAAAAGCAGAUGUUGAACGAAAGUUGGCCAGCAUUAGAGGGGCUGGUAGAAGUGGAAAGACAGUCCCAGAACUGGAAAAAACAAUCAGUUUGAUGAAAAAGGUUGUAGAAAGAGUCCAAAGAGAGAAUGAAGAUCUGAAAAAAGCUCCAGUUGUGGUAUCUAAUGAGAAAUUACUUGGUCUUGAAAUGGAAAAUGAGAGGCUAAAGGCUGAAAUGGAAAAAAUGAAACUUCAUCUGGAGGGCCAGCUGAGUAUGCAUUAUGAAUCUAAAACCAAAGGAAUGGAAAAAGUCAUUACUGAAAACGAGAGGCUGCGUAAAGAACUGAAGAAGGAAGCUGACAGUGGAGAGAAGCUACGAAUAGCAAAGAAUAACUUGGAGAUAUUAAAUGAGAAGUUAACUGUUCAGCUGGAGGAAACCAUUAAGAGGCUAAAUCUGGCUGAGAGCCAGUUGGAUGGAGCUGACAGCAAAAGCUGGAAGUCCUUUGUUGUAACAAGGAUGCAUGAAACUAAGAUGAAGGAAUUGGAAAUGGAUAUUGUUAAAAAAACCCAAACCAUUACUGACCUUAAACGGCAGCUUCAAGAAGCAACAGAACGUGAACGCACUGCUGAUAAAAAGUUACAAGAUCUAAAAGACCAAAUUGAUCUUCUCAAACAUGUUCCUGAGGCUGCAAGAGCAGAGCAAAGCUUCAAGGACCUUGAGCUUUUAAGGUUAACUAAUAAUCGAUUAGAGGAAGAAAAAGCAGAACUAGCUGAUCAGCUAGAGGAUUAUAAGCACCACAUACACAAAUACACAAGUGAAGCUGGAUAUAAUGAAAUUGUAGAGAAAGAUCAAAAUGAAAAGUUAAUAGCAGAAGUAGUUGACCUCCAGACACAGCUGAAAGCCGCAGAGGUGGAAAAACAGCAAUUAAAGGAUGAAACAGAAAAGCUGAGAAGAGAACUAGAGAACUUGGGCCCUUCCUUUUUUGAAGAAAUCGAGGAUCUGAAAUAUAAUUACAAUGAAGAAGUAAAAAAAAAUAUUAUCUUAGAAGAGAGAUUAAUGAAGCUUUCUGAAGAACAUGGCAUUCAGUUGGAUAGUCCAGGCAAUGUUUCUGUUGAUCAAGCUAGUGUUUAA